CAGCUCAGAGGACGAUGGUCUGCCCCACAGCCCCCCCGAAAUCUCCAUAGGCAACAACAUGGCCCCCAGGGGGUUAUCUUACAAGGCCUGCUCCCAACCCUCGUCCCGUCCCCUCUCCCCCGUGCCCAAACCUCCUCUUACCAACUCCGUGCCCCACACCCCAUCUGCCCCCAAACUGCUUUCUCCCCUGCCCCCCCUGCCUUGGACUUCAUCACCCCAGCCCAGUUCACCCCCUGCCUGGAUAACUCUGCCGCCCGCCACCGCAUGUCCAUCAAACCCAGGAACCAGAGAGCCAGCGCCAAGAACAAAAGGCUGAACAUGACUGAGUCGAGACCACGCUCAGAGAGUCUCAACAACUUUGACCGACAGUUGACCGAAGAAGAGGAAGGGCCUGCCAUUACCGGGGGGAGAACACGUUUACGCUGUCACUCUACCCUGAUCCUAAAGUCGCAACAAGGGGGGUCGACCACCCCCACUGCACCCCCAGAGCUGACACCCCUAAAGUCGAGUUCCACAGAGGCUGAGGGGUCCCCCAAAAAACCCACUCUCCCCUGCAAGCUCUCCCCACAAGAGCAGCCCUAUCCUGGCAUUCCAGUUGUCUCCCUUGCCCCUGUGACCCGCCAGCUACCUGGAGCUAAACAGCCACAGCCCUCAUCUGUGACCACAGUUCAGGACCUGAGAUACACUCCACAACAACAGACCCUGAAACAGUCCCUGGGAGACCCCAAGCCCCUAGACCCAUCCCAAACCAAGAGGGACGUCCUGAGCAAGAGUGGGGUACCGAAUUCUACCCCCAGCACCGAGGGUAGCCCCAAAGAUGAACCGCUACUUUCUGCCAGGCCCACAGCUAGCCUGACCGCAGUGGUGACUCUCAGAACGUCCUCUCUGAGGAGCAAGACCGAUGCUAGGGCUGGUGGUCAGAGUACCACACAGCCACCUGCAGGCCAGGAGGACACAGGUCAGGCAGAGCCAAUGUCCACUGGAGGAGCUCCGAAGCCAGGCUCCGGGCCCUUCCUGUUCUCCAUCAACUCAGCCAAGGGGAGAGAAACACCCAGGAUGGGAAGUGGUGGUUUCUUGGUAGUAGUGGAGCAGGCUGGGGAUGGGGCGAAGAGGGAGGAGGGGACAGAGGUAAAGUUGAACCCCUCAAACGCCAGCCAGAGGGGGCAGGAGCAGCAGAGGGGCAGGCGGGAGAGGGACAAGCCCAAAGAAGAGGAGUUGACUGCCAUUGAUAUGGGGGGGAAAGUCUCGGAAGGGGUGGAGGUGGAGGAGGAGGAGAGCAGUGAGGGAGUGGAGGAUGCAGUGGAAGCAAAGGAGGAGACAGAGGUAGAUGGGAAAAUUGCAUUUGGUGUGAACCUUCGCUCCAUCUCUCUCUCUCCGAGGGUACAGGCGGAGGCAACCACCAGCCAAUCAGAUCUCAAGAUAAAGCAUCACAGUGUGGAGGCGGGCGCUCUCCUUCUUGCCCCUUAUACUCCCUCCUCAAAUCCCACCGGGCUUGAGGGGCUUCGGGACACCCCUCCAACCAGGGCUAACUCCAUGCCCAAAAAGCUCUAUACAAACAACUGGGUUUCCCCCACAACACUGUCUUUAUCCAGAGGAAGAGCUGGCUCCCUCAGAGAAGCAGAUACAGCAACCCCCGUCCAGCCUACCCCCUCACCUCUUAUUAAAGAGGCCCAAACCACCCCAGCUACACCUAAAGAGGACCAAACCCUCCCUGUCCUACCCAUAGAAGCCCAGGCUACCACCUCAGCCCCUCAGAACCCCCUGACUGCCCCCCAUGCGGCACCUCAGGCUGCCGUAUCGUGGAUGAGCAUGGCAUGGGGGAAGACCAGGGGCCUCCAGCAGCUCUUCACCAGCAGUUUGCCCAGAGAGUUCACCGGCAUGCAGUCCCCAACUCAACCGCAGGCUCAGACCACAACACAAUCACACACACCGUCACUGGCUAGGAUUGUGAUGCAAACUCAGAGACAGAAUGCAACACAACCACAAACGACAAUGCCACCACAGGCUCAGACCACAACACAGGCUCAGACCACAACACAACCUCAAUCACCGACCACAAUGCAACCCCUGACUGCUAAACUACUGGAGUCACAGAAUGCAGUGAAACCACCACAGACAGCAGCACAAGCCCCCACACAGACCACAAAACUACCAGUGACACAGACCACAACGCCACCACAGGCUCAGACCACAAAGCUACCAGUGACACAGACCACAAAACACCUGCAGACCACCAAAACACCACAGACACAGAACGGAACACAACCACAAACAAUGACACAACAAUCAACACAGAACUCCAACCAAAUCAACACUCGAGCAGCACAACCAACCGCUACUCAACCUCUAGUCCAGUCUACACAAUGCUCCGUGUCUCAGGUGACCCCACAGUCCAGCCGACGAGCAAACCAGCCCACCCUGUGCUCCACUCCACAGACCCAAGCUCAGAUAACACUACGGAUCGCCCCAAUGGGUGAAACUUCCACUCAGCCCCCUUGGAGCGCACUAAAUCUCAACCCUAUCCCCCAGCCCAAACCAGCCUUAGCUCCAACGGCAACCCCAGUCCAACUCCUAGUGAGAGGUGAGAAGAUCCCUGGCGACCAGAGGAAUAGUGAGGGGGCGGCUGUGUCAACAGAGAAGAGGGUGGACCGAGACAGGCCAUCGACUGUGGGAGGGACGGCAGCCUUUUUGGAGAAACGGGCAGAGUGGACCCCUCCUGCUGGAAGCAAGGUAGAGCUCAGGAGAACCAGGACCCCACCUGAGUCUCAGCCCACGGCUGAAUUGGCUGCUCCUCCCAAAGCCACACCCAGUCACAGAGACGCUAAAGAUGCUAAACUCGACAGGAGGCCAGAAUCGAGCCCAACCAUAGUGGCAGGCAGACUUGCAGACCGAGAGGACAAAUGGUUGAGGAAAAACAUGCCAACUUCAUUGUCUCCUUCAUCAUCACCUUCAUCAUCAUCUCCCUUGCAGACCAUUUCUGACAGCGGGGGUCAGCCAUCUUGGAUGGAACUGGCCAAGAGGAAGUCAAUGGCCUGGAAUGACAAGACCAUGGACUGAUAAAGAAAGAAGAAAGAAAGAAGAAAGAAAGGAAGGAAGGAAGGAAGGAAGGAAGGAAGGAAGGAAGGAAGGAAGGAAGGAAGAGGAGUGUCGGGAUAUGUACUGUAUAUAGAGAGAUAAAAAGAGAAUGGGGAGUUCCUUAUUUGAAUGCACUUAUUGCUAAUUGCUCUGGACAAGAGCUCCAUUGUAAGUUGUGAGAGUGACAGAGGGAGAGGAACAUCAACAAUGGUAGUGAUGGGAAUGUAUAGAGACUGAAGGACAAAGUGAGAUGUUGAGUUCAUUGAAGUGGAAUUUAAUUGACCUUGGAAGCAACAGCUAUUGGCAAAACAUGCUUCCCUUGAAUGUACAGACGUGCUGUGUUUGCAAAACAAUGUUUGUAUUUCAUGUUUCUUGUAUGGGAUAACUAUGAAGCUGAUUGGUUUCCUGUCAAUAAAUUCUUAUGUUUUGAGUUUUGAUCCAAACAUAUUUUUUUCCCAAAAUCUGGGCUUAUGUUGGAAAUAAUAUUGUUUGAAUUAUCUUCAAAUGCUUCAUCAGAAAUAAAUUAUUUAUAUGAUACA